AUGCCUGGAGAAAAACCAAAAAUUGAUAUCUCCAAAGUUAUUGGAUACGAAUAUCCUCCUCAAAAAAUAUCCUAUAAUAGGAGAGACGUGAUUUUACAUGCACUUGGUAUUGGAAUAGGUCCAGAAGAAUUAAAAUUCGUAUAUGAAUUAGAUCCGAAUUUCGCAGUCUUUCCCACGUAUCCGCUUGGUCUCUCAUUGAAAGGCGAUAGCAACGAUGUAAAUUCUUUUGCUGAACGUGUCGCUCUUAGUGCUUCAAUACCCGGCUUUCCACCAGCUAAUUCAAAAAAAAUUGUAAACGGUCAACAAUCAUUGGAGAUUUUGCAUCACCCAUUGCCGCUAGAAGGAAAUUUUGAGAUGCGUUCCAAGAUCGUUGGUGUAUAUGAUAAAGGAAAAGGAAUGGUUCUCGUCGAUAAACACUCUACAUUAAUCGACCCAAAAACAAAUAUCGUAUAUGCUAAAUUAGAAAAUCAAUCUUUUAUGUUUGGGCUUGGUAGUUUUGAUGGUCCAAAACAAGAAAAAGGGCCAAGAUUUGUGCCACCAAAAGAUAAAAAUCCAGACGCAAUAGAUGUUUUGAAGACGGAAACAAAUCAAGCAUUGUUGUUUAGGCUUUCUGGGGAUUACAACACUUUGCAUGCUGACCCAACGGUUGGUCAAUCCAUUGGAUUCAACGGAGCAAUUCUCCAUGGAAUAGCCACCAUGUCAUUUGCUGUUCGUUCCAUUCUCAAACAUUUCGCAGAGAACGAUCCAACUCGUUUUAAAUCAGUGACUGGCCGAUUCUCGAACCCUGUAUAUCCCGGAGAAACAUUGGAAACACGCAUUUGGAAAAUUAAGGAGGAUAAAUCCACGAUUUUAGUGGUUUUUGAAACUGUUUUAAAAGAACGAAAUAAAGUUGCAAUUAGUAACGGGGCGGCUGUUUUGCUUAAAAAAAGUGCCGGCGUUGAAAGUGCAAAGUUAUGA